GGAAAGGGAACAGGGAGUUUUGGUAAGCGAAGGAACAAAACUCACACUCUGUGUGUGAGAUGCGGUCGCCGCAGCUUCCACAUCCAGAAGAGUCGUUGCUCCGCCUGUGCUUACCCCGCCGCACGCUUAAGGAAAUAUAACUGGAGCGUCAAGGCGAUACGAAGAAAGACCACUGGAACUGGUCGUAUGAGGUAUCUCCGUCAUGUAGCUGUUAGGUUCAAGAGUAACUUUAGAGAAGGUACUCAAGCACCUCCAAGAAAGAAGGGCACAGCUGCAGCAUAGUAAGGUUUUGAAGGAAAUCCUGAAUCCUUUGGCAUCAAUGUAUCUUUAAUUUUGUGAGAGAAUCGAGAAUUGGUUUAUUCACUGUUGGUUGUUGACCAGUAAAGAUAUUUUGUUUAGACGUGAACAAGUUUUACGUGAAGUUGAUAAAUGCAACAGUUCACUGGUGUCUAUUGCACUUUGUU